AGAAGCAGCAAACUGGGAAAAAUGGCGCCUUGCUCUGCUCCUCGCUCAUCUCCCGUCCACCAUUUGUGUGUGCACAUCCUACUAGCGUCCUUGCUCGCGGCGCGGUGGCUCGUGCCAUCCUGCUCGGCUUCCUCCUUCUUCCGCGUCCCUUGGCCCGCCGGGCGCGGGCGGCACGACUACCGUGACGCGCUGGCCAAGUCCAUCCUCUUCUUCGAGGGCCAGCGCUCGGGGCGGCUGCCGCCGGGCCAGCGCGCGUCGUGGCGCGGGGACUCCGGCGUGUCGGACGGCGCCGCGGCCGGGGUCGACCUGGAGGGCGGGUACUACGACGCCGGCGACAACGUCAAGUUCGGCUUCCCCAUGGCGUUCACCACCACCAUGCUGGCCUGGAGCGUCAUCGAGUUCGGCGACUCCAUGCCGCGCGACGAGCGCCGCCACGCCGCCGCCGCCGUCCGCUGGGCCACCGACUACCUCCUCAAGACGCUCGCCCACCCCGGCGUCAUCUUCCUGCAGGCAAGUGCGCGGCAUUGUUGUUGUGCACUGCCAGUCUGCCACGUUCUUUCAUGUCGUCGCAGCAGAGCAGCAGGGAUCGCUGAGAGUGCUGUGCGCCGGGCAAUGCAGGUAGGCGAUCCGUGGAAGGAUCACGACUGCUGGGAGAGGCCGGAGGACAUGGACACGGACCGCACGGUGUACAACGUCAGCGCGGGGCGGCCGGGCUCGGACAUCGCGGGGGAGACGGCGGCGGCAUUGGCGGCCGCGUCCAUGGUGUUCCGAGAUGCCGACCCGGAGUACGCCGAGACGCUGCUCACGAGCGCGAGAAAGGCGUUCGAGUUCGCGGACACGUACAAGGGCGCGUACAGCGACGACCCAGACCUCAGGGCAGGGGGCUGCCCGUUCUACUGCGACUUCAAUGGCUACCAGGAUGAGCUGCUGUGGGGAGCAGCAUGGCUAAGGAGAGCCUCCGAGGAUGACACAUUCCUCCAAUACAUUCAGAACAAUGGCAAGACCCUUGGUGCAGAAGACAGCAGUAACGAGUUCGGGUGGGACAACAAGCAUGCCGGCCUCAACGUCCUUGUUUCCAAGGAGUUCAUAGAAGGCGACGCGCUAUCUUUGCAGUCCUACAAGGAGUUUGCAGACAGCUUCAUAUGCACGCUCAUUCCAGAGUCGUCUUCACCACAUAUCACGUACACACCUGGGGGCAUGAUCUACAAGCCUGGAGGCAGCAACAUGCAGCAUGUCACCUCCAUCUCCUUCUUGCUCCUAACUUACGCCAAGUACCUCUCCAAGUCCUCUCAUACUGUCAACUGUGGAGACGUUUCAGUUGGCCCUCUAACUCUUCAGCUGCAAGCCAAAAAACAGGUUGAUUACUUGUUAGGAGAUAAUCCAAUGAAGAUGUCGUAUAUGAUCGGGUACGGUGACCGGUACCCUCAGCGGAUCCAUCACCGGGCAUCGUCAUUGCCCUCGAUCAAGGACCAUCCUCAACAGAUGGUGUGCAAAGAAGGCACGCCAUACUUCAAUUCAUCUAGCGCGAACCCUAACCCGUUGAUCGGCGCAGUGGUCGGCGGCCCGGGGGAGGAUGAUGCUUAUGAGGAUGACCGUGCAGAUUUCAGGAAAUCUGAACCCACCACCUACAUCAAUGCUCCAUUGGUAGGAGUGCUUGCAUACUUUGUUGGCAAUCCUAAUCCUGGCCAUACCAGACAUUGAGCACCACAAUCUCUGAAUCUUGGUAUGUAUAUAUUUAUAUAUAAGAUCGAGUGAAUGAAGUUAUAGAUAGGUGCAAGUGAGACAGUAGGAUUGAUGCAACUACUGUCAUAGGAGUGGAAUUUAUGUGAUAGAGAGAGUCUGUCUUGCAUGGUAUUUUUCUAUUUUGUUGUUGGGUUUGCACUGAAUUUGUUUGUGCAAGUGGCAUUUUUACUGUACUAGUAUAGUCAUCGGUGAAAAAUAUUGUACUUUGGUUUUUGAUUUGAACAGUUCUAAAGGAACUCAUAGCUUGAAAAUCUAAUGUCAUAUGGAAGACUGUUUGACUAUCAUGGUGUCCUGAAC